AACUUCGAGGACAGCCCGGCGUUGAUGUCGUUGGGUAUGGGCGAGUACUACCCGUACGUCUUCUUCAAGCUCAAUGUCGACUUGAUCGACCACAAACGU